CUAGAUGCCUCAUUUCCGCCUCACUGUAUAUCUGUUUGAUGCGCCCUGAAAAGGCCCUUUUCCGGCUUUGAGAAGUGUGGUGCAGAACGGCAGACACAAUGACUUCAGAGUCGUGGGAGACUGCCCCUGCAGUGGCUGAAACGCCAGAAAUCAAACUCUUCGGGAAAUGGAGCACAGACGAUGUUCAGAUCAAUGACAUCUCCCUGCAGGAUUACAUUGCUGUGAAGGAGAAGUACGCUAAGUACCUGCCACACUCUGGAGGCCGCUAUGCAGCUAAGCGUUUCCGCAAGGCCCAGUGCCCCAUCGUGGAACGUCUCACCAACUCUAUGAUGAUGCAUGGCCGCAACAACGGCAAGAAGCUGAUGACCUGUCGCAUUGUGAAGCACGCCUUCGAGAUCAUCCACUUGCUGACCGGGGAGAACCCCCUACAGGUGCUCGUCAAUGCCAUCAUAAACAGCGGGCCCCGUGAGGACUCCACCCGUAUUGGUCGUGCUGGUACCGUGAGGAGGCAAGCCGUGGACGUGUCCCCUCUGCGUAGAGUCAACCAGGCGAUCUGGCUGCUAUGCACUGGAGCAAGAGAAGCUGCUUUCAGGAACAUCAAGACUAUCGCAGAGUGCCUUGCCGAUGAGCUGAUCAACGCAGCUAAGGGUUCUUCCAACUCCUACGCCAUCAAGAAGAAGGACGAGUUGGAGAGGGUCGCCAAGUCCAACCGUUAAAAUUGUUUGUUCCUUUCUAAAAAAAAAAAAAGAAAAUGAGUAAAUAAAUUUGAACUUCCAUUGUUUAAAAAAAAGUUGGAUGUGGUAUGGUGUUUAGUAACACUUAUAAAGGCCUGAAUACAGGACAGUUGAGGAAUGA